AUGUCCCUCCAAAUCAUUUAUGACCUUGUGAAGGCGUCUGAUAUUCCAGAUGCUCACGUUAUAGAGACAGCGAGCUUUUCUCCAGAUGAGGCAGCCACCCUUGAGAGGUUCCUCUACCGCCAAACUCAAGCCCCAGACCUGUUUCUGGGCGCAUUCGACGUCUCCGAUAACGAACGUGCUCUGAUUGGCUACGUUUGCUCGACGCUAUCCUCAGCACCAACACUAACGCACGAGUCAAUGGGCGCUCACGAUCCCACCGGCACGUCUAUCUGUAUUCACGCCGUCUGCGUUACGCCAGAGCACCGUCACAAAGGCAUCGCACUCGGACUCCUCAAGGAGUAUGCCGCACGUCUCGAGCGUGCGUGCCAGGAUGGUGCGCAGUACGAGCGCAUCUUGUUAAUCACCCAUGAGGACAUGCGCGACCUAUACGAGAAAGCUGGCUUCGAGUGGCUCGGCAAGAGCGAGGUCGUGCACGGCUCUUUACCGUGGUACGAAAUGCGGAGGAUCCUUGUUUCGCAGUCUGUUCUGCAGCAGCAGCAGGCGAUCCCAGCCGGUUUGUGGGAGGCUCUACAACGUUCAUCGACGCGCAAGCCGCCGACGGCACAGCUGCUCGCAUCUUAUCCUGGGGGCAUCAACGAUGUCGUCGAACAAUCCUCACCCUCGUCAGAUUCUGCAAACAAGGUCGACCUGCUGUGUCCUCGGCCGGGGUGUGGCAGUAUUAUUCUCAAGAACGGCGUCGCUUCUCUCGUCGAACGCGAGAGCUUACAGUUAGAGCCUGCCACUUCUCGGAGCAUCCUUGAGCCCCUGCCUCUCCCUCCAGCAACUUUAAAAUGGUGGCGCGUGACUCCGAAUGCCAUGGCAUUCGAAAAUAUCGGGUUCUCUAAGACAGUCCUUAGGGAGGCCGACGGAAAGCGACUGAAGCUGCUCUCAUGCGCAGAAUGCGAUCUUGGUCCAUUAGGUUGGUGCGAGGAGGGUGGAAGCGAGUUCUGGCUCGCAAGCAUUCGCGUCGGAUACCGCGCUUGAGCUUGAGUGGGUGUCGCGCAGAACAUAAAUAGCUAGUGGUGGAAUGUAAUGAGAUGAAUCACUGCGAUCACGGUAUUUAAUUUAAGGGCAUGGAAACAAUAGGUCGCCUAACUACUAGGGCCCAGAUUUAGACCUAGGUAAAGCGGCAUGCCUCUUCGUCGCAAACAGACAGGCCGUUUUACGACGGUUUGGUCGAGUCUUCACUAAGAAUGUCGAUAAUAUUGCCAGCCAACCCAGUUUGCGAUCACGAAGUACGCCGUUGUUGGAAUUAGCAGUAGAACAAAGUACUUGUAAUGCGUAUCAGACGCAAGCGCGUCCAGCACCUGCAACGCACGUCAGUCCCG